CGUCAUCUAUCACACUUGCUGGUGCAAUUUAUAAGUACCUUCAUAAUGUGUGCGCGAAUCCUGUUUCUUCUUGGAUUGUUUCUGGUGAGCGGUACUUUUGGUCAGGAGACACAGGCAAAGGAAGUUGAAAAAUCCGACACAAUCACCACAACAAUAAAUACCCCAAUCGACCGCUCAUCGCACUACCACUAUUCACCACCAAGUCUUCACGGUUUCUGGAAGAAGAGGUUAGUAUGGCGCCCGCGAUGGGUGAAAACCUGGCAAGAGAAGAAGGUCUAUGUAGCUGUAUGGAAACAUAUGUGGAGUCCAGCGCAUGUCAAGGAGUGGGUGCCAGUGCCUCAACCACCACCGGGAUGGGUGAAACACGCGCCUAAUUAUGUUAAAAUACACCAUUAGGUUUUCUUAUCUAUGGUUUUGUCUCCACCGUGAAUAUUUAUUCUUUGACCGUGCACAGCGUAGAUUAAACAUAAAGCUAGGUGUUCAUAAGUUAUAGGGACGAUAUAAUUUGUCCUGGUUAAUUCCCGGCUUGUCAUAAUUAUAAGAUAAAAAAGAGGCUGUCUCUAAUAAAACGAUUAAUACAACUUAACUCAAUUUUCUAUACAAUAAAUUAGGUUUAGUUUGCAAUCAUCAAUUUUUAGAUACAUUAUGCUUUCUCUAUCACCCUAUCACCUUAUCAAAUUCAAAUUACGUCUCCAUUCUCCAUAGGUAUUGGUUUUAGUUCAAAGAUUGGUAAUGUCCAAUUAAUAGAUUAAAUAAUGCUCCUCGUUAUUUGAUAUUAGGUAACCUCCAAAGCAAUAUCUGUCAUGGGCAGGUUUCCAGAGUGCCGACCAAGAACAACCAAAGAGUCUUCAGAACUUCCCUUGGGAAUUAAUCUUGAUGUAUUGAAAUAUGUAGGUAUACAUAUUUAGAGGUGCUAAGCGUCCAUCGUUAUUAUCAAAUAUAUUAAAUAAUCUGGUUUUGUAUAAUUUUAAAU